AUGACAUCACAUCUUCAACAUGUUGAUGCCGGUAUAAUUGUAAAUUUUAAAGUUAAGUACAAAAGCCGCUUCAUCAAGAAUCUGAUUGAUGAAUAUGAGCGCAAUGGGAGCCAUCCAUUAUCUAAUGACAAUAAGUUCAAUAUGCGACAAGCUAUUAACACUUUAGUAGAAGCAUGGAAUGAUGUGAAGGCCUCCACCAUUCUCCAUUGUUGGAAAAAGACUGGAAUCCUACCUACACAUGACAAUCCCAAUAUUGAUAGUGAAAAUAUUGAAUUAGUCGAUGAUGUUGGGAAUGUAUCAUCACUUAUAGCACAAAUCCCAUAUGAUAACAUCAAUGAGACGAUGGAUGCUGCCACAUAUGUGCAAUUUGAUGCAACACUUCCUAUUAUUGAGACUUUCACUAAUGAAGAAAUUAUUGCCCAAGUUAUUGGAGUGGAAGAAGAAGACACUAUGGAGGUAAAUGAAAGUGCUGACAAAGAACCUCAACCUACUGCUACUUGGAGUGAGAUAGAAGAUUCAAUUGUUAAGCUCUCAGAUUGCCUUCAAGAAAAAGCAAUUGGAUAUCUUUUUGCUGAUAGUUCGAAUGCAAAUCUUCGCCGAUUCAAGCGUUAUACCGCUAGUAAGAGACUGGAAUCUAUGAAACAAGCUACAAUUAUGGAGUUCUUCCAUCAAUCUUGA